AUGGCUUCAAUGACUCGAUCGUCAAGCGCCAUAGCUUUCGUUAUCGCCGUAAUCGUUGUAUUAGCAUCGGUCCUCUACCGGUUCAAGCUCCCAUAUCUCACAUCUCUAUCCCCGCACUUCGUCUUAUACUCGUCGUCGUCAAAGACCUUCGGCCGAUAUAUGAAACACGCGUCGUCUUUCAGAUGUCCCCAACACACCUACACAACCGAAAUAAUAUCGCUCGAUCCCCUACUCAUCUACAUCGACUCGUUUCUUGCACCUGUCGAGAUCGAGGCCCUGCUAGAAGCUGGCGAGUCCGAGUUCGCCCCAUCCCAAGUCUACAAGCGAGGCCGCAACCAGGACACAUCGGAUCGCACUUCAUCGUCGGCCGGCCUACCGCGCGACAACCCAACCGUGCAAUGCGUGUUAGAACGGGCCGAGGGAUUCCUCGGCACGAUGCUAGAUCCCUCCCGUGAUGACAUUGGACCGCCGCAGCUGGUACGUUAUACGGCCGGUCAACGCUUUAAUAGGCAUCGUGACUGGUAUGAGCGCCCGCAACCCGUGCGGAAAGGCAUGCUGGGACGCGGGAAGGGCUGGAACCGCAUUGCUAGCUUCUUUGCCAUCUUGCAAGACCAAUGUACGGGCGGCGAGACGUGGUUCCCGCUCAUCAAUGCUACCAUUCCUUUGGAUGCUGAUGGGAAAGGGGAUCGGCUUUGGAAAACGCAUGAGAAUGGCGGCUUGAUGUUUAGACCUGUUUCUGGAAAUGCGCUUUUCUGGGUCAAUCUAUUCGCGAACGGCACUGGCGAUGAUCGGACUAUCCAUGCCGGUUUGCCGGUAGAAGAGGGUUUGAAGACAGCGAUGAACAUCUGGCCGCGUAAAUUUUAUGACUAA